CAGGACGGCAGGAAAUAGAGGAAGACAACACGUAAGUGUUUAUUUUCACCGACAGAUCAGCGCACAGAAGAAGAUGUCAGUUACUGAAACCUUUCCUGAUAUGGAUGAUUCAGACCUCCUGGGCCUGCUCUUGCAGGGCGAUAACCAUGGAGCAGAUGACCCCUUCCCUGCCGACGGGAACUCGUUCAUCGAGGAGUGGCUUUGUGGCCAGGAUAUUCUGAACAGUAUGGAUACAGAGGACUUCCUGAACAGUUUGCUAGGGGAGAGCGAGCCUCUUCCGAACCAAUCUCUGUCCCCUCUAGGCAGUGACAGUGGCAUCUCUGACAUCAGUAAUCCACUGUGCUCCAGUCCCGGAACCAGUGAUGCGGACCCUGCCCCUUCCCCCAGCCCAACAUCCUUGGGCUUUGUUCUGUCACAAGAUUUGGAGCCUGACACUGUGAAGAUGGCAGAGAUCACAGAGGUGAUCCACGUGGACCACUGCUACUCUCUUGGACAGGGCCAGCUUUUCGACGAUAUGCUGGAGAGUGUGAGAUCAGAGCAGCCAGAUACCGAUGUGUUCAUUGAUCUGGAUACAGACAACUGGGAUGGCGACACUGUGCUAGAAACUUGUUCUGCUGAGCUCCCCUGCACACUGGCCAUAGAGGAUGCUUCACCUUGCAAUAAAGCAAAUGAGUUCCAGUUCAAGGAAAUCGUUCUGACAGCAGAAGAAAAAAGACUUCUUGCAAAGGAAGGUGCCACUUUACCAACCCACAUGCCUCUCACAAAGCCAGAAAAUUGCAGUUCAUUUAUCGCAAUUCCUCUAAACGUGCUUCAGGCUGAGGAGAGAACUUUAAAGCGGGUAAGGAGAAAGAUCCGGAACAAGCAGUCUGCACAAGAGAGCCGGAAGAAGAAAAAAGUGUACGUGGAUGGAUUGGAGAACAGAGUGGCGGUCUGCACUGCUCACAACCAAGAACUGCAGAAAAAGGUUCAAAUUCUGCAAAAACAAAAUAUGUCUCUGAUUGAGCAGGUGCGAAAGCUGCAGUCUCUCAUCAAACUCUCAACCAUGAAGACAAGUACAACGAGCACUUGUCUCAUGGUUUUCCUCUUGUCUUUCUGCCUGAUCAUCUUCCCUUCUGUCAACCCUUUUGGCAAAAGUGGGGGUCAGAAAGAUCUCUAUGCCCCAUCAGGAGUACUAUCGAGGACUAUCCGCUCUAUUCCUGUCACGGAGAGCGAGGACGUCUCCUCUGAUGUGCCGUUCGAUGACAAGCUCAAUCUAGUGUCUGAGGCAGAGGCCCAGAAAGCCAUGUUCUUCAGCAGUCAAAACCACACUCCAGACUACCAGAAGGUGGAACAAUCGGAGUCUGAGUCUGGAGUCAACAGCAACUCCUCUUCUGAUUUUACAACAGCAGCCAAGCCUGACUUGAAACCUGCUCGCUCUGGUGCAGAAAGGCACCAUGACCCUUCUGUGCCCUCCAUUGAGUACCAGGUUAUGGGGUCUGAAGAAAACUGGAUUGACCAGAAACCAAUCACAGUCUACAUACAGAAACACCAUUCUGAUGAAAUGUAGAAAAAAAAAAAAAAACAAAAAGGCUGAAGUGAAAUUUUGUUCCAAAGGCUUUUCUGAAGUUUUGCCUUCUGUAGGGGAACACAUCAAUAGAGCUUUAACAAGUUCUAUUCUUUUCCUGGUGAAAUGCCUGUUGGUGUUCAAACAUCAUUCGCAGAACUUACAAAUGUUAUUUUUAUGUUUACCUCCUGGGGGGAAAAAGGCAUUAUAAACACUGACAUUUUCUGUAGAUUAAUACUGAUAAAUGCCUUUUUUGCUAUGUAAAUGGUUUCAUAAUUGUCUAAGCCAGGGGUCUCAAACUACUGGCCCACAAGAUGUUGUAAUACAGCCCCCAUUACCUUGCACAGUGUCAGUGCAUUUGGUCCACAAGUAAACUCGUUCACUCGUGUCCGUUAUUGUUCUGCUGUUAAAACUAAGUUAGCAAGUGAAGCGUUCUGGGCUACACACUUUUAGGAAGUUAACAGGUAGUUGUAAUUUCUGCCAGUUUGGCUUUUUUGAAAUCAAAAAGAAAAACUGAUCUUGAGCCGAGACAAUUUAAAAAAAAAAAAAAAAUGACUAUU